UGUCAGUGACGCCAGUCCAUGCCUCUUCAGUGCAUUUUCUGCAGAUCUCUGGGACGCCACCAAAGUUACUCCUGCUGCUGCAACUUUUCGUUCUGUGCAUGAUAAAUGCACAAGAGAAAGUUUGUUAUUUGAGAAGAGGAGUAUAAACUCAAAUCUCCCCCUCGUCCCGCCCUCCUCAUCCAGGAGCAACGCCUCAGUCAGAUCCCAGAACCAAAACCAUCCUCCUCCUUCAAGUGGAAACAUGAACGAGUCUACAGCAGCAAAAAAAAAUUCCAAACGAUUUUAGAUAGCAAUGGAGGACAAGAAGAACUUUUCGCAGGUUAUUUCUCAGAUUUUCCAGGAGGCGCCGACGGCCAGGAAGCAGUUGAUUGAGAACCAGGACAACCUGCAUCAAGUUGCAGACUACUGCGAAAACAACUUUCUGCAGGCAGAUGACCCGACCAAGGCGCUCCAGGAGGCCAAGGCUUUGGCCAUUCAGGCGUUGGCCAGCGUGACUUAUCAAAUCAACAGCGUGGCCACUUUGUUGCUCCGAGUGCUGGACUCUCAGGCCGUGCAGGUCAAGAGCAUGGAGUCCUCGGUCAACCUCAUGUCACUGGCUGUUUGUAUGCAUUACGAGAAAGUGGCCAGGAGAGAGAUCAGCACCUUCACUACGUCCAAAAGCAACGCACGCGUCAAUCUUGUGGCACCGCCCGCUUCGGGCAGGGAGCCACCCAGAAGCUAUUCGCGGGUGCCGAUAUCAUACUCCCUCUUGGAUGCCACUGGGCACAGCUUCCAGGUCUCCCAGGAGCCCCUCAGAAGCAGGGCAAGGACCACUGACAGCACGCAGAGCAAUGAAGAGGCCCCUAUAACGAGCCAAGGCAUUGCUGUGCCUCUGCCAUCUGUCCCCACCUUGCCUCCUGACUCCAACUUCUCUGAUGACCUCCCUGCUCCUCCUCUUCAAGCUUCAAUGGACGCCGGUACGACUGCUCCACCUGCACCACCUCCUCCGACCAAUAUGGACAGUGGCCUGCCGCCUCCACCUUUCUUGGCCUCACCAACAUGUCUGCCACCACCACCUCCACCUCCUCCUCCACCAUCAAGCAACCUCUUUUCGCCCGUCUCUCUUCCCCCUCCACCUCCUCCAGUUGCAGGAGCUGCUCCUCUUCCCCCACCUCCUCCACCUCCACCUGUAGAGGGAACGGCUCCUCUUCCCCCACCUCCUCCACCUCCACCUGUAGGAGGAACGGUUCCUCUUCCCCCACCUCCUCCACCUCCACCUGUAGAAGGAACGACUCCUCUUCCCCCACCUCCUCCACCUCCACCUGUAGCGGGAACGGCUCCUCUUCCCCCACCUCCUCCACCUGUGAUGGGAGCUACUACUCUUCCUCCUCCACCACCACCACCACCACCCACUGCCACCUCCAGUGCUGUGCCACCACCCCCUCCCCCUCCACUGCCACCUCUCCUACAUUAGCAUCCAUCCAUUUUUGUUUUGUUUUGCUUUUGUAGCAGUUGGCCACAUUCUACUGGAGCCCAUCCCAGCUGACUUUGGGCGAGAGUCGGGUACAGCCUGGACUGAUCACCAUCACAAUUGCCAACUAUUCCCAUUCACACCUAUGGACAAUUUCGUCUUCAGUGACCCCAACAUGCGUGUUUUUGGAGUGUGGGAGGAAGGUUAAUUUGGGAAGAAUGCGGGAUACCCCCUAGACUAGUCUAAAGCACUUUUGAUUUUCCUUCUGUCUGAAAGGUGCUAUACAAACUUGCCUUGACUUGGACUGGUAUUAAUGAAAACACUAAUAAUGGGAUAACAAUUUAAAACAUUUGUUUUUAGUUUAAGCCUUAUAAUACCCUUCCCACAUGCUGUAACACACAUUAUUAAUUGGUUUUUCAAACACAAGUACACAUUUUGCGACAUAGCGGGGCUGUGAUAGGUGAACUGUGAUAUAACGGCGAUUACUCUAUGCCAUAUAUGUGUAUCAAACUUGCUACUUUUAGCCAUUCAGUCGAGGUGCACAUUUCCUGCAUGUUAUGAGCAAUACUGUCCAGUACAGGGAAAUGAAAGCACUUAUUUCAAUUUAGGUCUAUGUACGGACCUCGUAAUACACUCUAUAGAGCAGCAGCAACAAUACCUUCAACAUGUUUCGACAUCGGCCCCACUACAUUCCGAACAAACAAGCUCAAACAGGGAUUCCUCAGUUUUCCCCUCUUCAUUUCCUUAGCCCUUCCUUAUUGUUUCGAAUGCAUUCUACUCACCAAGAGAGUCAACCUGAAAACAAAAAACGACUUGUGACAGUGAUAAUAUGCUCAUUAAAUGCUCAGCUCAACAAGUCAUGACUGUGUUUUACGUGCUCAGCAGAGGCUGAACCAGAAGGCAACUGGUCGUUAUCAUGUAAUAACUAUUCAUUAGUUUAGGAACACUUCAUUAGUGUUCGUGUUUUAUUCAGUUAGCCCUGAAAUGUGAGAGGCAGCUUGAUCGUAAGGUUUUAGUACCGCUUUUAACACUGCCUAGAGGUAUUCAUUUACUAUGUUGUUAUUGUGGUUUUUAGUGCUGGAGCACUUCAUAUUGAUGGGAGAUUGUAAUUAUUUGCCCAUUUUGUGUAGCUACACUACAUGCGGUACACACUUUGGCUCAAUAAUUUGGGGUAACUUAGAAAUGAUCUUAUUUUGGAAAGAAAAUUAUUCUUGUUGUUUUUUUAAAUGAAGACAUCAUGAUAUAAAUCAGAUAUAGCGGCUAGAUAAAGUUAAUUAAAAAAAAAAAAAAAAAAAAGAAAAUAGUGGUAGGAGUGAUUCUGUGGUGCCGCCACCGUGCUCAAAUACAGUAUAGCUAUGCUUAUGUUCCCAUCUUUAGAUUAUUUAAAGGCUAAAUUUGACAUACAACUCUGCAAUCAUAUUUUUUUUCUCUCUUUUCUCGGUAGGAUAACACUAUUUCAAAGUCAACCAGAUGUAUUAUCUAGUUCCUUUGCCCCUUCUCCUGCUAUUCACUGAUAUCAGUGAAAAAAAGGAUCAGAUUAGAUUAGAUUCAACUUUGUCUUUACAUGUGUCAUAGGUAAAGUAAAAGGCAACAAAACACAGAUUACAUCAAGCAAGAAGUGCAAAUGCAGUAAUUAAAUACCGUAUAGUACAUUAUUAUUACGCACAGCAUUUAAGGCAAGGGAUGAUUUAUAAGUAUGUCAACUGAGUGUCUACUUCUAAAAGUACUGUAUGUACAGGCUAUGACUAUGAUUAUGAGUACUGAAGUAUGACAACUACACAGUAUGAUAACUAUACAGCAUAUAUAGUGUACUAUGUAGUAAUAUAUUAAAUACAUUAGUGCAACAAUACAGUAUAUAAGAAUAUUUUUUAUAAAACAUAAAAGAAAGUAUGCAAAAAAUCCACUAAUAU